CUUUUUUCACCUUUCCAUUAUUUCUUAACCGACUUUCCUUUCAUCUUUCCGUCUAUUUCCCUCCUACCACUCAGAUCACCUACUUGAUCACUGCAACCUUUCGGCUUCAUCAAAUCUAACUUGUUUUAGUCGCUAAUUCUUCCCCAACUUCACAGUUGCAGACAUUAAAAUACUGUCUGAAAUUGAUGGUCUGUAGAGUCAAUUAGUCUCUCGUCAUCAUUUGGAGCUCUGUAAAGACUGGUCUUCAGUUUUUCUCUCUCCUCUCAUUUCUGCCCUCCAGUCCUUAUUGAUCUGCACCUUUGCUUGUCCAGAAAGAAAAAAAAAAAAAAAAAAAAAAGCAAGCGCGUGCUCUUCUAAGAGAAGGGGAAGCAGUGGGGAGAGGGGCAGAACGAGGCAACUAACUGUUGUACUCAAAUCAUCUUUUCUGUCUCACCCUCCGACAUUUGAUCACGUUUGUCGUUCACGCCAACCAUCAACAACCGUUUUCGUUUUCUUGCUCCACACAUCUCUACUAUUUCUGUGUUGCAUUCCAUUCUGCGAUAAACUCUUUUCUGGGUUGUUUCACUCGGAGAGUGAGGAAGUCAAAAUGGAUAAAUCUAUCAAGGUCGUUAAGAGGCGGUCUACUAAGGUUCCGAUGGCCAAGACUCAAUCGGCCAGGUCAAGUCCUGGUGCCCAGACAAAGAGCCGGAGCAAUGAGGACACCAAUGCCAAUGGCAAUGGACUCUCCAAGAGGAAAAAGACGGCUUCGUCAAGUCCACGGCCGAGGAAUAGCGCCGUCGCUCUUGCAGAGACGGUGGACGAGAAGCAACAUUUAAAAAACGACAUUCAGAAUGCAUCAGUGUACAACGACGACAUGCUGCGGGAGCUUGAGGAACGCGGAGACGCCGAUAGCAUCUGCGAGGAUAUUAUCGGAUCCAGCAUUGAGGACCAAGUCUUUCCUGAUAUCGAGGGAGCAUGCACACUUAGCGAGUCUAUGCAGCUGCGUCGCUUACUUCGUCAGGUUGGGCCUCUUGAGUUUCUUCGAAGAACGCUGGACUCGGGUGUCUUCACGGCCGAGAAGCUGCUGACGGCGUUCAGCGUGCGCCCGCCCGAUUUUCUUCAGGGACGCCCGGACGAGGACUAUUUGCCCUUCCUGAGCCUGGCAAUGACGCGCGAGCUGCAGAAGCGUGCCAAGCUAGAGCAAUACAACAGCUUCGACGACGCUGUGAACCUGAUCAAGCGUUCCAAGAACAUCAUCGUUCUCACCGGGGCCGGUAUCUCGACAUCUCUCGGAAUCCCCGAUUUCCGCUCAAAGAACAUUGGUCUCUACUCGAUGCUGGGCGACCUCGGUCUGGAUGAUCCGCAGCAGGUCUUUGACCUGGGCCUCUUUCACGAGGACCCCAGCAUAUUCUAUUCCAUCGCCCGCAAGGUCCUUCCCAACCACGAGCGCUGCUCGCCGACGCAUGCAUUCAUCGCCAUGCUGCAGGAGAAGGGCAAGCUCUUGACCAACUAUACGCAAAACAUCGACAACAUUGAGGAGACGGCUGGAAUCGACCCUGAGAGGCUUGUACAAUGCCACGGCUCCUGGUCCUCCGCCACGUGCAUCCGCUGCGGCCACAAGGUUCCUGGUAAGACCAUAUUCCCUGUCGUCGAGGCGGGUGGCAUUCCUCGCUGCGAAAAGUGCGGUGUCGCCUCUGCCAAGGCCAGUAGUGCCCAGGCAAGAAACAGCUCAUCGAGGUCGCGCCAGGCAUCCAAAAGCCGCAAGCGCAAGACCAGCCACGAUGACGACGACAGCGAUGGGACAUACAGCGGCGGCCCCGUAUCCUCUGCAAAAACGCCGGGCAGGGCACUGCGCACAUCGGCAAGACAUAGCAACGGUGCAGCGGGUCCGGAGAUCGACGCCUCGCGCCGUCCUGUGGCCAAGGGCGAGGGUAUCAUGAAGCCCGACAUCACAUUCUUUGGCGAGGCGCUACCCCGGAGGUUCGGGGAGCGGCUGCUCGGCCAUGACCGGGACCUGGUAGAUCUUGUCAUCGUCAUUGGCACAUCGCUCAAGGUGAAGCCUGUUUCAGAACUCGUGCCCGUGCUGCCGGCCAACGUGCCACAAAUCUAUAUCAGCCGCGAUCCAGUAUCGCACGUCCAUUUUGACAUCGACCUGUUAGGUGACUGCGACGUCGUUGUCGCUGAGCUGUGCCGUCGUGCCGGAUGGGACCUCGACCAUGAGAUGAUACCCGAGAACCAGGAGGUGGAGACGGAGCUGGCCGAGGGCUACUGGAGCAGGCAUUACGUCCGGGCCGUGAAAAAAUGAUGAAGCACAAAAAGCACAUGAAUCAUGUGCCAAAUCUUGAAGGAUCCGCUGCUUCGUCAAUAUUCCAGCACUUGAAUGUUCUCUCUUUUUGUUUAUCUCUGAUUGCUGUCAAAUUUUUUUCUUGUUAUCUCUCUCUCUUCUCGUUAUUCUGUCCUAAAUCUUUCAGCACAGCAUCGAUUACACUGAUUUAUUCUGUUUUACAGUCAUUAGCGUUCGUUCAACGUGGAGGGAUUUUUGUCGUUCUCAAACCUUUCAAACUAUCGACGGUGUACAGCGUCAUCAUCAGACCUUUGUUUUAUGUAAUUGGUCUGUCUUGUUUUUUUUUCUUGUUUUUUUCUCAUCAUCUUCUUCCUAUCCGGCGUCUCGGUUCAUCUCAAUAUACCAAUUCCUGUCACCAUCAAAUUCUACCCCACGAGACUUUGUUCGCUCAACGGAGCCAAUACCAAGGCUCAAAUUCAGCUGCUAUUCAUAAACAAGAAACAUUAAUAUCAGCCACGAACUUUGCCGAGUCGCCGGCUUUGACUGGAGAGAUGCGGAGAUGAAACGCUAAC